AUGGCAGUCUGGUGCCGGGGCUGUCGGUGCUAUGUGGAGGAGGAUCUUUAUCGGGGCUACUGCGGGCACUGCUGGGAGCAGUGGAAGGAGGCCGGCACAGGCAGCAGACAGCCCCCGUUUGCGCCGGAGGGGCGCAGCUACUUUCGAAUUACCAAGCUGCCCGUGGGAGAGCUCCAAUUUUCCCAAGCGACAAUCUCUGGCAGCUUCCGCGAUGGGGCAUCCUUGCGUGAGACUGAAAGCAUGCUGCGCAUGAAUCCGGACUUGGUGCACAAGAUUCCCUUCAUCAGCGUGGUCCGUGAUGAGGGUAAACUGGUUUCUAUGGACAACAGACGGCUGUACACCUUUAGAAUGGCCUUUGAUGACGAUCACCAGGUCCCCAUCAAACUCUACGACAGCAAGGAGGAUUUUGGAUUGGACGAGUUCCAUCGAAAAGCCACUUCCAUUUGCGGCGGACAUCUUGUUGAAGUGCGUGAGGAAAGCGCAGAGAAGGACUGA